GUCUCUCCUCGACUCGAUGACUCGACCAUGGAUUCCCCCGGCAAUCGGCUCACAACUUUCGAGUGCCAUAUUAUCAGCCAGUUUCAAUUUUUCGAGCUUUACGAAACCUGUCAACAUGAAGAUCUUUGUCAUGGCUGCUGCACUGAUUGCAUCGCUGACUGCCGACACCGCCACCGCUGGCUACGUGACGACGUCGGGGACGAAUUUCGAGCUGGAUGGCAAACCAUUCAACGUGUUCGGUACCAACGCCUACUGGGUCUCGGAGACCACUUUAAGCAAAACGGACCUGGAGAAGGUCUUUAACUCCAUGGCCAAGAACCACCUGACUGUGUGUCGUUUGUGGGGGUUUGCUGACCUCACGGAGGCUGGCUCGGCACCAAAAAACGUCGUGUACCAGUUGUGGGAGAACGGCAAAGCCACCGUCAACACUGGAGACAAUGGGCUCGGUUACUUCGACUUGGUGAUCGCGGCGGCCAAGGCUGCUGGCGUCAAGCUGGUCGUGCCGUUUGUGAACAACUGGGCCGACUACGGCGGCAUCGACGUGUACGUUCAGCAACUCGGAGGCAAAUACCACGACGACUUCUACACGGACGAGAAGAUCAAAGCUGCGUACAAGAACUUCGUCAAGACGUUCGUGGAGCGGUACGCUGACGAUGACACCAUCAUGGCUUGGCAGCUGUGCAAUGAGUGCCGUUGUGAGGGAUCUGGAACUCUAAAGGAGUCGGGCAAGUGUAACGCCGGAACACUUACGGACUGGAUGGCCGAGAUGUCUUCGUAUAUUAAAUCGCUGGACUCGAAGCACCUCGUGGCGUCGGGAAGCGAGGGCUUCUUGAACACGGACAAGAACGCCUACGUGUACUCUGGUCCGUCAGGCGUCGAUUUCGACGCCAACCUGGCGAUUAAAACCAUUGAUUACGGUGCUUACCACGCAUACCCGGACACGUGGGGUGUUGCUGCCUCGGAGGCGAAGUUGUGGGGUGUGAAGUGGAUCGAAUACCACGUGGCGUCGGGCAAGAAAGCUAACAAGCCUGUGGUUCUUGAGGAGUACGGCGUCAAGACACUUGACUCGGACUCCUACUUGGCAUGGAGCGACCAAGUGUACACUUCCAAGUCCAACAUGCAGUACUGGCAGUUCGGCAUCAAGUCGCUCGGCGCGCCGGAUGAUGGCUACACGAUCUUUGAUGAGGGCGAACUGUUUUCCGGUGUUAUUGUCCCUGCCGCCUCCAAGUUCGCGUCUCUCGGCGGCUCAGCUUCCAUCUCGAGCAAGACCAGCUAACUCUAACGAGAAGAUCAAAACCACGGAGAUUCCAACGAGAAGAUCAAAACCAACGGCUAUGCUAUCGGCAGUGCAUGCUUUUUGGCCACUGCGGAGAAAUGAGAUGAUGGCUCAGUUACUGCCUUGGAUCGGCUGACAUCAUGCUGCGUUGCGUGAUAGAAGCGGUGUACGCAGUCGUCAGAUGGAGUUUUGAAGGUUUUGGAAACAUGAAUGUGUGCGUAAAAGUGUAAAUUCCACGUCCUGGAAUGAAUUGUUAAUGACAGACAAGCUUUGAAUGUAUGUUUGAGGCAAGGUUAACAAGUGGCACCCACACUGGAGAAUUUUGCGCACUCACAUUUGAUUGAAAUGUUGCAAUUUAAUCUACAAAUUGUAGAUUUAAUGAUUGUGGAAACCUCCGUUGGUCCGUAGGCGCUGUAUUAAUGGCGGCACAGGGUAGGAGUAGAUUUCACGGGCGUAUAAAGUAACGAUAUACACGCUGAUGUUGAUGUUCUGAAAACAACUCGCGGUGGGUAUAGUUAAACAAGGUUGGACUGAAUUUGAUGA